AGUCCCCACUCCCCACUCCCCACUCCCCUCUUCCCUCUCCCCUAGGUUUUGACUGUUUUUCGACUUCUUGCAAAUCUUGCUCAAUCGACCUCUACUUCCCUCUCAAAUCUCAAAUCUCAAAUCUCAAACUCUCAACUCUCAACUCUCGACUCUCAAAUCUCCCACGCUCCCCAUUCCCUGUCCUCUUCUGUCACUCAUAUUCUUAUCCUUUUCACACUCUUGGCCUGGUAUUCAUUCUGGUUUCCGUCUCGGGCCCCGUUGGAAUUACGAAUAACAAACCCUCACAAAAAGUUACAAGAUAGGGCAGAUUUGGCGUCAGCGAAGGGCAAAGGCCGCUUACAUACUCUACAUAAAUCUCAUAGAACUCACCUCAGCUCACCUCAUCUCCGCUGUGUGUGUGUGGGUGGACGGUGGACGGUGGACUGUGGAGUGUGGAGGAGUGAGUCCAUGUUCUUCCACCCGAUGGAAAGUGGAAGAUUUCGUUGAUUGAUUUUGAUUGCUUAUCCGGCCAGUCGGUGCGUAAGAAGGAACACCGAUCGAAAGAAAAGUAAAAGGAUAUGGGGACAAGUAGUGAUCCGAACCAGGACGGAUCGGAGGAACAGCAGAAACGGUCGGAGAUAUACACGUACGAGGCGCCGUGGCACAUCUACGCCAUGAACUGGAGCGUGCGGAGGGACAAGAAGUACCGCCUGGCCAUCGCGAGCCUUCUGGAACAGUACCCAAACCGGGUGGAGAUCGUGCAACUGGACGACUCCAACGGCGAGAUCAGGUCGGAUCCGAACCUGUCGUUCGAGCACCCCUACCCUCCCACCAAGGCCAUCUUCAUCCCGGACAAGGAGUGCCAGAAGCCCGACUUGCUGGCCACCUCGGGGGACUUCCUCCGCAUCUGGCGCAUCUCGGAGGGAAACGACCGUGUGGAGCCCAAGAGCUUGCUCAACGGCAACAAGAACAGCGAGUUCUGCGGUCCCCUCACCUCCUUCGACUGGAACGAGGCCGAGCCCAAGCGCAUCGGCACCUCCAGCAUCGACACCACCUGCACCAUCUGGGACAUCGAGCGCGAGGCCGUCGACACUCAGCUCAUCGCUCACGACAAGGAGGUCUACGACAUCGCCUGGGGCGGCGUCGGCGUCUUCGCCUCUGUCUCCGCCGACGGCUCCGUUAGGGUUUUCGAUCUACGCGACAAGGAGCACUCCACCAUCAUCUACGAGAGCUCCGAGCCGGACACCCCUCUUGUCCGCCUGGGCUGGAACAAGCAGGACCCCAGGUACAUGGCCACCAUCAUCAUGGACAGCGCCAAGGUCGUCGUCCUGGACAUCCGCUUCCCCACCCUCCCCGUCGUCGAGCUGCAGAGGCACCAAGCCAGCGUCAACGCCAUCGCCUGGGCCCCGCACAGCUCUUGCCACAUCUGCACCGCCGGCGACGACUCCCAGGCCUUGAUUUGGGAUCUCUCCUCCAUGGGCCAGCCCGUCGAGGGUGGCCUCGAUCCCAUCCUCGCUUACACUGCUGGGGCCGAGAUAGAGCAGCUGCAGUGGUCCUCGUCCCAGCCCGAUUGGGUUGCCAUUGCCUUCUCCACCAAGCUGCAGAUUCUCAGGGUUUGAAGAAAUAUUUGAAUUCUUCGCUGAUUUGCUGCGAUUCGCUGGAUGUGGAUAUUUCUUCUUGAUUCUUACGGAUGAAUACUGACUUUUCUCGGCAAAGAUAGAUGGAUUGAUCUAGAUUGGAGACAUGAUAGAAUGAUUGAUGGAUGAUCAUGAUAUAAGAAUUUCAGAAUUACAUACCUACAAUGAUUACUGCUGAGGUGUGGUUUAUCUUCUCCUUUGUUUCUUCAUUUCAUCAUCGUUCAUCAAAAACUAUACUCAGCAUUUAUACUUGACUGCUUGUAGUAGUGUAGGGUAAGGUUAUUGAUGUGUCCUGAGUAACUAUCAUUAGUAAUAUGUUGAAAUGUAGAUUAAUGUUCCAUCC